CGAAGUCCCUGUGGAGGUGUGGGUGGGGGGAAAAGAGGGGCGAGGGGAGAUAAAGAGAAAGAGAGAUGGAAAAAGAAAGAGAGAGACAGAGCCAGAUCUCAGACCUUAUUUCAGAAGUUACCAAAGACUCCAUACUCUGAGACAGAAGGAGAAGAACAGCAGAGAAGUCAAAUCAUCUCCUCAGGGCCAUACAAAAUCCUCUGGGAGCUCGGCAGGACAGAAUAAAGAUCAAUAGGGAGAAUUAGAAAGACUCAAAAAACAAAGAUCACGCUCUUAGUGUUUUGUGGUGUGUGUUUGUCCCACUGCUGCUGCUAUGAGCAGGGUGUUGAUUCUGUCCGUGCUCCUGCUGUCCCUGAGCUGGUGCAGAUGUGCCGUCAUCACAGGGGCGUGUGACAGGGAUGUGCAGUGUGGUGUGGGUCUGUGCUGUGCUGUGAGUCUGUGGCUCCGAGGCCUGCGUAUGUGCACACCGCAGGGGCUGGAAGGAGACGAAUGCCACCCGUACAGCCAUAAGGUUCCUUUCCCCGGAAAGAGACAACAUCACACUUGCCCCUGCCUGCCACAUCUGGUCUGCACCAGGUACAGCGACAACAGAUAUCGCUGCACCAGCGACUUCAAAAACAUAGACUUUUAAUACUGGAAAGAGUGUGAGGAAAUAGAGGAAUGGAGGAGGGGAAUACUUGAAAGCAGGAUAGCACAAGAAGAUUAAUAACAAGUGCCAUAGCACCUUUCUGCUCAUUUUUAUUUUUCACACUCAUGCACUUUGCACUACAAAAACGUUGUUAUCCAGCUUCCACACAAAUGCCGACAUAUUCACAGUGGCACAAGGUCUAUGUCAGAAUCACUGGUUUACUUUGGCAUCCACUACACUUGAUAAUAAAAACAAAGGUAGUUUCAUCACUAGACCUUUAUGUUGAGUACAUGCAAACAUAGACAUUUUAUAAGGAAUGUGCUUGGGGGGAGACAUAUUUCAGGAUGAAUUUAUCUUCAGUAUGCUGUAAAUUUGUUGAAGGCUUAGCUAUUGUAAAUAAAUUAUAAUCAGUCUGAAUUGUCUCUUUUCACUGUGUGAAUGUGGGUUUGAAUGUGUACCUUUUAUACUUUUUGAUGCCUUCCCCUUUAAUGUUUCUGUUAACAAAGUAUAUGACAGGGAAAAAAUUAUUUGAAUUUAAAUUAAACAGUUAAACAUAGCAUCAAAUCACUCCUGACUUUCUCUGAAAUUCACAUCUAAUGAGUAAGGUGAGAUUUAAUAGUAUCAUAAAAUUAAAGAUUAUAAGUAAACAACAGCGUUUCAUCCCUAUAACAGGGAACAUUCACAGAACUUUGGCUAAAGUUCUCUCAAAGCUAUGAGCAAACGUUCUUCCAGUAACGUUAAUAGAAUGUUUGUUCAAUGUUAUCUGGUCUUUAACAAUGUUAGCACAAAAAGGUUUUUUAUACAUCAUUCAUGGAACAAUUUUUUUUUCCUGAGAUUUAGUUUGAUGUUUGACGAAUGUUUUUAAUUGCUUCAGAACAUUCAGAGAACAUAAAAGUAACGUUUCCAUAAUGUUUGCAGAAUUAUAAAAUGUUUUAAAACAUUAAAAAAAAACAAAAAAAAAAAAAAA